AUGGUCUCCUCAGAAGACUACCGGAUCAGCGAGAUCUCUCGCUUUCUCAUUCUUGUGGGAGGUGUCUGUGCGAGCACGUGUAUGUCUACUUUUUACGGCUUCAACAUCAUCAGCAAAAACCUUGCAGACAUGUUCAACCUCACCGGCGCGGACUUGACUACCAUUACGACGACGGGUAUUGUGAUCGGCUUCAUCACGUUCCCGUUUGGUAUGCUGCUCGACCAUAUAGGCCCCAUGUGGGUGUGCAUGUGUGCCUGCACACUCAACGCUCUUGGUGCACUCCUCUACGCCCUUGCCUUCAACGGCAACAUCAAGGGUAGCGUUACCACGCUCGCCGUCUUCUGCGCCAUCAUGAACCUUGGCUGCUCCUCCUUCGAUACAGGCUCACUGAUGGCCGUGCUUGGCAGCUUUCCGCUGACGAAGGGCCCCGUUGUGGCCAUCAUGAAGACCUUUACUGGUCUCGGUGCUUCCAUCCUGGCCCUCAUCAACUACAGCUUCUUCCGAAAUAGCGAUGCACACUACAUGUUCUUCAUGACGGGCCUCAUCGUCUUUAUGGGCAUUGUUGCGAUCGUCUUCAUUCGCUUCCCUCCCUACCACAUUCUUGAUGGCGAGAAAACCCGCGUGCCGCAGCAGGUGCAGGCGCGCCGCCGCCUGACGGAACGGGCUUACCUGACGCAGUACCCGCCGAUGACUCGGUUCUACCUCGGCUUUGGUAUUAUUGUUUCGCUUGUCGUGUACCUGACGGCGCAGUCGUUCUCUGUAGCCUACGCGAACCCGAGCGACUCGGCGCGCAUGGGUAACACAGUUGCAAUCAUAGUGCUUGUGCUCUCCCUGGGACUCAUGGCGGCCCCAUUUCCGUUUCUAGGCGGGAUGGACAAGGAGGCGAGCAAGGAGUACCCCAAUUACCCGCAGGACGCGGGGAUAGGCUUCGAGAACGAGAGUGAUAAGCGUUUGCUGAAGCCUGCGGCUGACAACACAACUCAAGCUGAGAACACGCUGGGUGAGUUCUGCAUAGAGGACGACCACGAUGAAGAUAACAAGAAUGCACGGAGAAAGGUGGAUCCCUCGGAUAAAGCACUGGUGCACGGGCGUAUGGACUCUGAGGACGUCGUGAUGCUGAAGGACGAGAGCUAUACGCAGAUGAUGCUUUCCGACCACCACCCGCAGUAUCAUACGACCUUCUGGCAGAGCCUCAAGCAACCCGAUAUCUGGCUGUGCUGUUGGAAUACUCUGGCGACCUGGGGCUGCGGCAUGGUCGUGGCUUUCAACUCUGCACAGAUCUACCAGGCGCUCGCAAAUAACAAGUACGAGAGAAAAACAAACACAAUGUACUCUGCCAUCAUCAGCGUGGCGAGUGCGCUGGGCCGCCUGACCAUGGGUGUGCUAGAGUUUAUCCUGAGCCGCCAGCCGUCCGAGACGCGGCCGGUCAUCACCAUCGCUUAUCCCGUGUCUUCCAUCUGCAUGGUGAUCGGCCUCAUCUUCUUGCUCGCCCUUCCACUGGAGUCAAAGGCCAUUGUCAUUGGCUUCUUCUUCGACUCCUUCGGCAACGGCUUCAGCUGGGCCUGCACGGCUCUGACGAUCCGCGCACUAUUCGCCAAGGACAUAGGCAAGCACUACAACUUCAUGUACGUCGGUGCCUUCAUUGCAGUCAUUGCGCUGAAUCGCUUUGGCUACGGUGAGAACUACGAUCGCCAGGCAAAGUUGAACCGUGAUGCUGACUUGGCUGCUGGCAGGACGCCCAUCUAUCCACGCUGCGCCGGGAAGAAGUGCGUGGCCAACAGCAUGGUCAUUCUACUGUGCGUCAACGCGACGGCAAUUGUGGGCAGCACGUGGCUCCACCUGCGCUACCGCAGGUUCGUCCUCAAGCGCCGCGUUGAGUGUGCUGCGGAACGUGCAGUGAUGUCUCUUCAGCUUGGUGAGCCAAUUAAUGCCGACGAUCUUCAAUAA